AUGGGUUCCAAGAGCACAACACCCUUUGCCCUUUUCCUAGUGCUAAACCUUUUAUUUUUCACUCUUUCUAGUGCCUCUACACCACCUAAGCUAACUAAGGACACUUGCCCUAUUGAUACCCUAAAGCUUGGUGUUUGUGCUAAUUUGCUCAGUGGAUUACUUGGUCUCGUAAUCGGAACACCCCCAGUAACUCCAUGUUGCUCCCUCAUCGAUGGGCUGGUCGAUCUUGAGGCGGCCACGUGCCUCUGCACCGCCCUCAAGGUCGACAUUUUGGGCAUCCACAUCAAUCUUCCCAUUUCUCUUAGUUUGCUUCUCAAUGCUUGCUCUAAGAAGGUUCCAUCAGGCUUCCAAUGUGCCUAA